CAACUGACACGUUCGUAUAAAAAUGUAAUCAGUGCGAUUAUCAGUUUGCAAAAGUUGGCUUGAACCAGGCGUAAAACUCGAUCCAAUCGUGAAAAUCUAAAAUUAAAUUGGAAAAAACACAGUUGCGAAGCAAAGUUUGCGUUUAAAUCGGUUGUACUUAAAGUUAGCUUUGUUGUUUUGAUGUAAUUAAAGAAAACGUAAACAUGUCACUGUCUCUGUCGGCUUGUCUCUCUUUCUAACUUGUGAUUUUGUUCUGCUGCGUUCGUCUAUUUCUACUCUGUCAAAAAAGGUGCUGGUGAGGUUCCGAAAAUCUGACGAUUUUCCAAAAAUCCAAUGAAAAUGUCGGGUUUUCACAAAGUGGAAGUCAACAAAACCGUCUGGGAAGUACCCGUGAGGUACCAAAUGCUCUCAGCGGUGGGUUCUGGAGCAUACGGCCAAGUUUGCUCAGCUGUCGACACUUACUGUAAUAAGAAAAAAGUUGCCAUAAAGAAGUUAGCUCGGCCUUUUCAAUCAGCAGUUCAUGCCAAAAGGACGUACCGAGAACUAAAACUGCUCAAACACAUGAGACAUGAAAAUGUCAUAGGCUUAUUGGAUGUUUUUUACCCACAACACGAUAAUAGCCAGAUCUAUCUAGUCACGCACUUAAUGGGGGCCGAUUUAAACAACAUCAUACGUACCCAAAAACUCACCGAUGAUCACGUGCAAUUUUUAGUAUACCAGAUCUUACGCGGGUUAAAAUACAUACACUCGGCAGGGAUAAUACAUAGGGACUUGAAGCCGUCAAAUAUUGCCGUAAACGAAGACUGUGAGUUGAAAAUUUUGGAUUUCGGCCUUGCCAGGCCAACUGAGACCGAAAUGACGGGAUAUGUGGCAACUCGGUGGUACAGGGCGCCUGAGAUAAUGCUAAACUGGAUGCACUACAACCAGACAGUUGAUAUCUGGUCAGUUGGUUGCAUCAUGGCCGAACUGUUAACCGGACGUACGUUAUUCCCAGGAACAGAUCACAUCCAUCAACUCAACUUAAUUAUGGAAAUCCUGGGCACGCCCAGUGACGAAUUUAUGCAAAAAAUCACCUCUGAGAGUGCCAGGAGUUACAUAAAGUCGCUGUGCCCGUUACCUAAGAAAGACUUGAAUCAGUAUUUUCUGGGCGCCAAUCCCCAAGCCGUCCAUCUGUUGAGUCUUAUGCUGGAGCUGGAUAGCGAUAAGAGGAUCACUGCGGAAAGGGCGUUGGCACACCCGUACUUAGCGGCCUAUGCCGACCCCAACGACGAGCCCAUCUCAGCGCCUUACGAUCAAAGUAUUGAAGACAUGAACCACUCGGUUGAAAAGUGGAAAGAACUAGUUUUGGAAGAGAUCAAAUCGUUCGUCUACAAACCGCCACAAAAUGAAGAGUCGUAAACUAAUUGCUCACGUUUAUAAAUAAUUUAUCGGUUCUCCUUUAUACACCCAAUUGUUCUGUACAUUAAUCUGAUUAAUUUUUGCGUUAUUGCAGCUUAUUGUUUACCAGUUUUGUAAUUUAGUAUAGCGUUAAUAAUAAAAUAUAAUGCGGUUACAA